GCCAGAUUGAGCCAGAUUCGCCGCCCAAUCUGCCCAAUCUGGCAACACUGGUUACCGUGUGCAGCUGUAUGCGGAAGAAGAAACGAGCUCGUCAACACUGUCAACGACACAGCUUCUGGUGUGCCAACACCGACCAGUCGUCGGAUUGAGAAGUACUGUUUUUUUACCGGCUGAUACCUGACAUCCACACGGACGCUGUGUCGAUUUCGAUGGACGUGAUGUUCAGGAUUUCUGUGAUAAUCACGCUGUUUGUGUGGUUUGACAGCAUCCCUGGUGGUGGAUCACUUGAUACGGAUGUAAACCCGGUUCCAGCACUAAACCUCACCCUGGUUAGUCCAGGGAAACCCAAUACAUCUGUGAUUAACACCAAAUUUGUUGACGGGGUGAAUCCAGCUCCAAAAGUACCACAAGCCAACGAAACGGUGGGCAAUCCAGAUAAACCCAUUGUGACAGAUCCAGCUGUGGUUAAAACCAAACUUGGUGAGGGGGUGAGUCCAGCUCCAAAAGUAACAGAAGUCAAACAUGUGGAUGUCAGUCCAGUGCAACCCAAUCCGGGUAAGCCGAUUCCCAAUUCUAAUGACGUGGCCGGACCAGCUGCUGCCACCAAAGUCAAAGAGUUGGGGGACAGUACAGGUGGGGAAGGGAAAGGUACACCUGAUAAGAAAUCCCCAACUGAAGAGAUUGUGGAUGGUCCAAACACUACCGAAGGUGAAGAUGGGGGAAAAGACAGUUUAGAGAUUGCUGGAGAUGUGGCUGGGCAAGCUACGUCUCGUGAAGAGGAGGCUGUAGGGUCUAAUAAAUUGCCCACAGAGCCGAAAAACGCCUUGGGGGAGAAGAAGGAGCAUGUGCAGCUCGGCGACAAGGUUGAAUCGGAGAGCAGUCACUUCUUUGCCUACCUCGUGUGUGCUGCCUUCCUGGUGGCCUUGCUCUACGUCGGUUACCACAACAAGCGCAAGAUAUUUGCCUUUGUUUUGGAAGGCAAGCGUUCCAAAACAGCCCGCCGGCCAAACAACACAGAGUACAAAAAGUUGGAGCAGCAUGUGUGAUCUUCAUCAUCAAGACAUCGCCUCGUACCGCUGAGUUCAACACGAACUCCAGAGUCUCUCUACAGAGAUCACAGAAUAUCUGUGACCCGCUUUUUUUUCCCCCCCUUUGGGUCUGGAGUGUUGGUAGUGUUUGCUGACGUACUAUUUACCAUUUUGAUGCUUAUCGCAUGACUAUGCAGAUGACAAUAUUGCGAUUUUAAGGGGUUUUGUGAGCAUGUUGUUUUUUGCACUGGUGUCAUUUUACCACUUUUGUCUUGUAACUUGAACAGAAUUUACGAUGCAAGGCGGCUGUUUCUCAGGAUAUUAAGAAAAAAAAAUGGUGAAGGAAUCGAUGAAUGUCUUUAGUGUCAAAAAAACUGUGCAAUAUUGGAAGAAUAGUCUGGGCUGAAUGACCACUACUGGAUUAAUUUAUGACAAUAGAUAUUUACUUUUCACUUGUUUGUCAAGGAGAAGACCAACAUUUGCUGUACUCCCAAUUAUUGGUUAGUUUGCAAAUCACUUUGUUCUCGAGCUGAAUCUAAAUAUCUACCACACACGUUCUAGAUGGAAGGAUGCAUCAAUAUCAAAAUGAGGGGUAAACAGGAAACAACUGAAAUGUAUUUAUUUUUGCAUUAAUUCAAAGAUGCCACUCCACAACAUAGGAAAUAUAAAUAUAAAAUACAUAUUUAAAGUUAGAAUUUUAUGUUUCGUAUUUGUUUGAAUUCGCCGUCUUCAAAAUAGUUAUGUAUUUGCACAUCAAUUGUGUUCAGGCUGGACCAAUGUUCUGAAGUGAUUUUGCAAAUAAACUUUUGUACUUCUAAGUCCCAAUAUAAACCAGAAGUUUCUUGCAAUAUAUACUUAUUAUGGUCUCCUGGACCUGGUCCCAAUUUGAGCUCAACAGAGAUGUGGUGGAGGAAUCGUCAAAAUGGCAGCAUAUUCCUAGUCUCCUCUUCAUACAAGUCUGGUAUUUCCCCUAUGCUUGAGGAAAUCAUCUCCACAGUUGUGCAACCACGCAGUUCCUUCUCGUAGUCAAUCAGCUGCUUCCAGAAACCCACAUUAGGCCUGAUGAUGGGGCGGCUAGACCUCACCCAUCCGUGCGCCUCCAGAAGGCUAUUGUUGUGGUGCUUCAUCAGAUACGCGAUGCAUAACGUCGCGGAGCGGCUGACGCCCGCGUUGCAGUGGACCAACGUGCGCCCA